UCCCUAUGUCAGUUAUGACAGUUACUUGUUUUAAGGGGGUGAAGGGGUGUGUCCCUUCAUCUUUUCCCUCACUGUUUCGGUUAUUCCUGUAACUUGUAUAUAAAACAAGUCAGGAAUGACAGAAGGGCAGAGAUAUAUGAAUAAAGAACAAAGUUAAAGAAAUAUUUCUGUUUGUUUCCCUUUCUAUUGAACUAACGUUCAUUCGUCCGUUCGUACGAUAACGAACAUAAUCUUUCGGUGGUCUGUCCUACAUCAGGUUGGUAUCAGAGCAAAGGUUUCUGCAACUUUUCUACAAGUUGCAAUCCAUUUGUUUCUGCUGCAAACAAUUAGAGGACGAUGGCCGCUGAAAACGAACGCCUCGACAACUUGGAACAACAAGUUGCCGGUAUCACUCAAUCCCUACAACAAAUACUAGCCGCCUUACGUGUUGAAGAUCAGCCCCAUAAUCACAGGGUUCUCAACCCACAGCCGCACCGGGAAGAUCGCGAUUGGUACCGAAUCAAGGCCGAAAUCCCAAUCUUUAGUGGUAGCCUGGAGAUUGAGCCUUUUCUCGAUUGGCUUAAUGAAGUUGAACGUUUUUUCGAAAUUAUGGAGAUUAGCGAUGAAAGGAAGGUGUCGAUUGUCGCAUACAAGUUACGAGGGGGAGCAGGAGCAUGGUGGCAGAAUAUAAGGGAAGAACGCUACCGUCUUCGUCAACAACCAGUUCGAGAGUGGCCGCUGAUGAAAGAACUUCUUCAACAACGAUUUCUUCCUCGGGAUUAUACUCAGAAUCUGUACCGCCAAUUGCUUGAUUGUCAACAAGGGAGUCGUUCCGUCUCUGACUAUACGGAAGAAUUCCUGCGUUUGACAGCUCGAUGCAAUAUUCAAGAAGACGAUGACCUACAAGUUGCUCGUUAUAUUAGGGGGCUGAAAAUUGAGAUUCAGGACCACAUUGGUGUUCAGGCAGUCAUGUCCCUAAUGGAUGCUCGAGAGAUGGCGGCACGAGCAGAGGCGCGUCUGAUUCCACAGCAACCUCUCUUGACAUAUCCCCGACGAAACCAUCGAGAAUCUCCUUUGCCUCGACCAUCUGAAACCAGUUCUUCGCGUGUCACUGCUGCCCACCAAACAACAGCACCACACAUGGAAAGCAGGCGCUUUCCAGCCGCUGCCGCUCAAGUGCCAACAGCCCCUCGAACUGCUCCUCGCCCCAACAAUCAAAAUCCCUACCAACAUCCAACGACAGGGAGGUGUUACCGAUGCAAUCAGCCUGGGCAUAAGUCCAAUGAGUGCCCCAAUCGAAAGCCAGUGCACGUGGUGGGUAACCUGUCUGAAGAUAACUCCAAUGAUGUUGAGGACCCAGAACCUGAAUAUGAUGUUGAUGACAUAUGCGGAGAUGAACAUGAAGAGGCCACCUAUGUCAUUCAACGGACACUUUGCUCUUCACCACAAGAAGAUGCCAGCCAACGCAAACGGAUCUUCCAAGCAAAGUGCCGAGUUGCUACUCAAAUAUGCAGCCUAAUUAUUGACAGUUGCAGCUGCGAAAACUUGGUCUCUCGAAAACUAGUUGAAGAGCUCCAACUUCCAGCAGAAGACCAUCCCACUCCAUAUCAAAUUGGAUGGAUUCAAAAGGGGCCAAAAAUGUUGGUGAAGCAAAGAUGCAAAAUUCCUCUAGCCAUGGGGAAGUUCUAUUCUGAUAACAUAUUCUGUGACAUUGUUGAUAUGGAUGUUUGUCAGGUUUUAUUAGGAAGACCUUGGCAAUACGACGUGGAUGCGAUGCACCGAGGCCGAGAGAACACAUACACAUUCCAAUGGCAGCAGAAAACAAUAGUUGUCGCACCAUUGGGCAGUCCUAAGCUUUCAUCUAAAGUGGAAGGGCAGAUCUUCUUAUCAUUGAUAGAAUCAAGUAACUUUUCUACUUCUAAAGUAAGAAGCUGUGGAGGUGUGUAUGGGCUGGUUAUUAAACCUGAUUACGGAGAAGCAACAAUGCCGGAAUCUGUUCGAGAAAUGUUGGCUGAGUUCCCCCAACUCAUUUCUGAACCCACUCGGCUGCCGCCUUUACGAGAUAUCCAGCAUCACAUUGAUUUUGUGCCUGGCGCUCGACUACCCAAUCUACCUCAUUACCGGCUUAAUCCCGAAGAAGCAAAAAUACUUCAGGAGAAAGUUGAAGCAUUGUUACAGCUUGGACACGUUCGAGAAAGUUUAAGUCCUUGUGCUGUACCAGCAUUACUAGUGCCAAAGAAGGGGAACCAGUGGAGAAUGUGUGUGGAUAGUAGGGCCAUCAACCGAAUCACGGUGCAAUAUCGAUUUCCUAUUCCUCGAUUGGAUGACAUGUUGGACCAACUAUCGGGAUCGGUAAUUUUCACAAAACUGGACUUGACAAGUGGGUAUCACCAAAUUCGCAUCCGUCCGGGGGACGAGUGGAAGACCGCCUUCAAGACCAAAGAAGGAUUAUACGAGUGGCUUGUGAUGCCUUUUGGUCUCUCCAACGCACCCAGCACAUUUAUGCGGCUUAUGAAUCAGGUGCUUAAACCCUUCCUCAACAAAUUCGUUGUUGUGUAUUUUGAUGAUAUUCUGAUUUACAGUAGCAGUGAAGAAGCACAUGAAGGCCAUUUGCGUAAAGUUUUGUUGACACUUCAUGAGAAUGAGUUGUAUAUUAAUCUCAAGAAAUGUCACUUCAUGAUGGAGCAAGUGCUGUUUUUGGGAUAUAUAAUCAGUGCAAAUGGAGUACGUGUGGAUCCACAAAAGAUUCAAGCCAUUGUUGACUGGCCAACACCUUCAACCAUCACUGAGAUAAGAAGCUUUCAUGGUUUGGCCACAUUCUACCGUCGUUUCAUCCGUAAUUUCAGCAGUAUAGUUGCUCCUAUUACCGAUUGCUUGAAGCAAGCUCGUCCUUUUCAAUGGACGUCUGCUGCUGCCCGUGCUUUUGCAGAGAUCAAACAACGCCUCACUUCUGCCCCGGUUCUCGCCUUGCCUGACUUUGAUAAGGUGUUCGAGGUAGAAUGUGAUGCAUGCGGAGUAGGUGUCGGUGGAGUGUUGUCACAAGAGGGCCGUCCGGUGGCUUAUUUCAGCGAGAAGCUCAAUGAAACAAGGGUGAAUUGGGCAACCUAUGAUCAAGAACUGUUUGCUGUAUUCCGGGCCUUCAAGCAUUGGGAGCAUUACCUUCUCCCUAAAGAGUUUGUCAUUUACACCGAUCAUCAAGCUUUGAUUCACUUUAGAACUCAACGAACUUUGAAAAAUAAACUUCAUAUUCGUUGGGCAGCAUACUUUGGACAGUUUAAUUACGUGAUUAAACACAAAUCUGGAUCUUCAAACAAGGUUGCUGAUGCCUUGAGUCGACGGGGAAACAUUCUUCUCACCACCAGCCAUGAAGUUGUUGGAUUUAGUUUCCUUCCUGAACUCUAUGUCGACGAUCCAGAUUUUGGCACCACUUGGUCUAAGUACAUGGAGAAGCAGCCCCUUGGAGAUUUUACAGUGCAAGAAGGCUAUCUCUUUAAAGGCAAUCGGUUGUGUAUCCCUCGAACCUCGUUGCGUGAAAAGUUCGUCAGGGAACUCCACGCCGGGAAACUUCAAGGCCAUUUGGGACGUGACAAGACAAUUGCUCGAUUGGAAGAACGGUAUUAUUGGCCACAGUUGAAAAGAGAUGCUGGUCGGGUUGUUCGCCAAUGCUCUAUUUGUCAAACCCAAAAGGGUCAUCUUCAGAAUACCGGCCUAUACAUGCCGCUAGCAAUUCCUGAUCAGCCGUGGGAAGAUUUGUCAAUGGACUUUAUUCUGGGAUUACCUCGCACUCAACGAGGAGCCGAUUCCAUCUUUGUUGUGGUGGAUCGCUUCUCCAAGAUGGCUCACUUCCUUCCCUGUAAACAGACCAACAACGCACCGCAUAUCGCAAAGCUAUUUUUCCAAGAAAUAGUUCGCCUUCAUGGGAUUCCUCGAUCCAUCACUUCUGAUCGCGAUCCCAAGUUUUUGGCUGUGUUUUGGUCUACCUUAUGGAAGCGAUUUGGCACCGAAUUGAAGUUCAGCAGCACUGCCCAUCCACAAACAUAUGGUCAAACAGAAGUUGUGAAUCGAACCUUGGGUAACUUGCUACGGUGUUUGUGUGUUGAAAACCAACGACAAUGGAAUUUUGCAUUGGCUCAAGCAGAGUUCGCCUACAAUAGUGCCCCACACCGAGCCACCGAGAUGGCUCCAUUUGCUGUAGUUUAUCGACGCAUCCCUGCAACUACUCUUGAUCUCAUCAAGCUGCCCAACGGCUUGAAAAACAGUGACGCCGCUGAUCUGUUUGCUCAGUCCCAUGUAGAUAUCAUUGCACAAGUGAAGCAGAAGUUAGAACACACAACUGCUCGUUACAAGCUUGCUGCUGAUCGUCAUCGUCGUCGUGCUAAAACUUAUCAAGUGGGAGACUUGGUGAUGGUCUAUCUACGCAAAGAGCGCGGUGGAAGUCAGCAUAAGUUAGACCCGCGGAAGAUUGGACCUUUCAAAGUUCUCCGGAAGAUUAAUGAUAAUGCCUAUGUCCUUGACCUCCCUGCUCAUAUGCGCAUCUCCAGCACCUUCAAUGUUGCAGAUCUGUCUCCUUACUACUCUGCUGAUCAAUCCGAGACGGUUUGAGCUCAAGUGGAAGGGAAUGAUGCGGCAUCAGUUAACCGCCUAUCUAAAAUAUAUAUAUCUAUAUCUCCUAUCUAAUCCUCUGUAUCCCUAUGUCAGUUAUGACAGUUACUUGUUUUAAGGGGGUGAAGGGGUGUGUCCCUUCAUCUUUUCCCUCACUGUUUCGGUUAUUCCUGUAACUUGUAUAUAAAACAAGUCAGGAAUGACAGAAGGGCAGAGAUAUAUGAAUAAAGAACAAAGUUAAAG